GACUUUUCACUUUUUAUGGCCAAAAGGUGCAGGAAAGACUAAUAGCGAGGACAAUUCGAGUGGUAAUUAGCCAAUGAAAAGGCUGUUGAUGAGAAAGUCAGCUGCUGCGGUUCCCUGUAUGAACUUCCCCAGCACCGUGUCGAUGACUGGCUGCGAUGCGCCAUAAAAGCACGCUGGCAUCAGUCUCUCGCUUCACGUGAAGCGAGAGACUGGCUGGCUGCUGCAACGCGAGACUGCGCGACUUUUCCUGUUUCUCCUCUUUCCUCUCCUACAUCCCCGUGUCGUCUUUCGAUUUCCAUGUUUUUUUAAUUAUUGACUGUUGCGCAUCCCUUAGCAACUGCUGGACAGCGUGGUCCGUGCGUGGGUGAGGGAAAAUGGCCGCGGUGAUCUCUGGUGGCACGGUCGUUAACCCGAGCUUCGACAGCAGCAACGCGACUGCUGUCGUCGUCAACAGCGCCGUCCGUCACGAGCAGACAGCCCCGCUCAGAGCCAACGAGGAGCUGCGCUUCGAGCUGGUCAACGUCGUCUGCAUGUUCAAGACGCACUGCCAUCUGGAUCUGAAGAAGUUGGCGCGGGAGGGCGCCAAUGUCGAGUUCCGUCGUGAUCCUCCGAGUGUGUUGAUGAAAAUCCGCAAUCCGCGAGUGACGGCCAGUAUUUGGAGUGCUGGCAAGGUGACUUGUAUCGGUGCGAAGAGCGAGGCCGACGCGCAUUUGGGAGCGCGGCGCGUGGCGCGCAAGAUUCAGAAGUGCGGCUUUGGCGCCAAGUUCGUGGACUUCAAGAUCAUCAACUGCCUGGCGGUGGCCUAUUUACCCUUCGGCGUCCGCAUCGACCUCCUCAAGGACGCCUACCCGCACGAAGUCCAGUAUGAGCCGGAACUGCACCCGGCGGCCUCGUGGAAGCUGCCGGAAGUGGGCGGCCAGAUCCAGGUCUUUCAGACGGGCAACACCACCAUCACCGCGCCGAACGCGAUGAGUGCGCGCAAGACGCUGGCGAGCAUCUACGCCAAGCUGUACGAGUUCCGCAAGCCCAAGGACAGCGUCGAGCUGUCGCGGACGCCCUCGGGACCGCGGAAGGGGCGCAAACGCGGUCUUUCAGGCGGCGAGGCGGACGCGGAGGUGGACGAGUUCCAGGCGGAGCUGAAGGCCUUCAAGCUGGACGGCGACGAGGAGGAGGAGGACGAGGACGACGACGAGUGACUGACUGACUGUUCAACAGCAGUCGCCUCCAGGUUCCUGCUUGCUCAACCCGGCGCACCGCCCUCCUCUCAUCCCGACCUGCACCGCGGCGCCCGGCACUCCUCGUCCUUGGCCGCCCUCCAUCCGAAUCCCGAUCGCCCGAACGAAUCGCCUCCCGGGGCGGCCAGUUGUGAUGCUCUCCCGACGCUGACGGGGAAUUGCGCCUGAUACACUAACUGAUUUGAUAACGAGCCUCUGGUUCCAUUUUGUUUAUAUUGUAAUCUAUCUACCGUCGCUCCUAUUUAUUGCCGCAUUUUAUCUAACCUGUCAACAGAUCUGUCGUCGCGCCGGUCCAAUGAUAAUCCGGCGCCCCGAUGUAAUCGUCCUUUGGUUUCCUCAGAAUUAAUGCUAACUGUACAGAUGGCCUAAUCGUGUAUGUUUUCAUCGUGCGAGUGAAGAGUGCGGUUUACUGUGGUAUUAGAUUGCCAACAGGUAAUUAUACCGCUGCCCGGCUGUUGUCGUUCGGCAAUUCUGCAGAAUCCCGCGCGGGAUCCUUUCUUACUAAUGUUGCAUGCCUUUUGUUGUCCUUGCACAAGUUUUUAACCGAAUAACCAGCACAGUCACGGUGUCAGUUGUCGUUGGAAUCGGAUUUGUACAGGUAUUUUUGGUUUCGCAAUAAACGCAGAAUUAAACGCCAGCUGGCUGUUA